UUUUUUUUUGCAUACCAAUUGAGUGCACCACUUGCAAUGAGACUCGUGAUUCGUCUAUCGUCGAUAAGCGUGACCUAUAUCUGGCGCAUUUUGUGUAGCUAGCACUUGAAAUAUUGUCUGGGGCGAUAUAGUAAAGGCGAGAUAUACUGGAGAGUCUUCCGUUGUGAACGUGUGUCCUGUUUGAACAAGCAUGUCAACCUACUUGAAUACAUAAACUGUUUUCGGCUAGACGUAGAAGGGCGGGUCACCUUGACACAGCAUUACAGACAAAAACAAAGAGGAGAGACCUGCAGUUGACUCUGGACAUGGAGCUGAUGGAGAACGCCCCCUACCUGGACCAGCUACUGGACUUUCUCAAGGGGAAGGAGGAAUGGUUACCUAGGAGUCUCACCGGUCGGGCUGUUCUGGUGGGAUCAAUUGCCGGAGUAACCGUUUAUCUGAUCACAAAGAAGAGGUACAAUUUACCGCCUGGGCCCCGAGGAUUGCCGUUGCUUGGGAACCUCCUAGAGUUCCGGAACGCAAGUAUCUACGAGAAGUUGACGGAGUGGAGGGCUAAGUAUGGUCCAGUUGUGAAGUUUAAUAUCGGACACAUUACAAUUGUGGGACUGAACCGCAUAGACGUCGUCAUGGAGGCCAUGGUUAAAAGACAGGCAGACUUUGCUGGGCGGAUUCAGUUGUAUUCCACACUACUCCUCAGUGAUGGAGGGAGGAAUAUCGUCUUAGGCGACUACAGUCCUACAUGGAAACUGCACAGAAAGUUGGCAACAAAAGCACUGAGACACUACAUGACGGGAACCACCUCGACGAGGGAAUAGAGCGCUCACUGACCAAAG